AUGAAUAGACACAAGAAUCCCGCUAAUGCAUCAUCCUCCCUGACACCCCCCACACCUCAUCAUAAAAUACCGCUAAAUGAAAAAACAUAUGAAAACUUAAUAUCAUCCCUUGGUGGUAUAACUAUCACCAUUGAGCAAAAGGUCGAAGUCAAAGGUAUUUUCGAUGACAAGACCAAACGACUGGCACCUAAUAAAGGUAGCUAUAGCAAAAUUCCUCGACCUACUACAACUACUAUGGUACAAAGAAAGGACCGUCCUGUGCAGAUUUCGCCAACACGAACAAAAAGUGCCCAAAGAUCGGAUUUGAUACCAAAAAUCAAUCCACUUAGCAUUAAUAGCCGAAAAGAUUUUCCGGGUCUCGGAUACAAGGUUCAAUCGAAUUUCACAGUAAAUGCUCCAACCGCGAAUCCAGAAAAUUCAAAUGAUCCCACUGACAUGGAGGACGAAGAUUCGUCGACCACGGCACAACUUGCCAUACCUCCAAAGCUACUUCACACUGCCCUUGUACCUUUGGAACAGUAUAGAAAAUACGAACUCGCCCGAAAAAAUGUCGAUAGUGGUCCAAAUUCGCACCCCAAACAAUUAUCACAUGUCGAGUCAAAACAAAAGAUGACGAUGCCUACAUCACAAGGUGCCAAACGACCAUCUCAAAUAUUUAGACAACGGUUAUUAGAGCAAAGUGUAUCCGUGUCAUUGAAUAGUUCGUGGUCGAACAAUUCAAUGAGCCUUAAGGCCGAAAAAGAUAAUCGCUCAGAGCCUGCUAAUACUCAUCGCCCUCGAAAAUUAUUGCGUGCUAAUUCGAAACGAAAAAGAACAUUGAUUUCGUCACCAAGUGUCAAACUAGAAUCUUUACCGGAGCAAAGUACAUCCGUGCCACUAACUGGUCAAAAACUUGACAAGUCAAUGGUUGUCCAGCUUGCACAGGAUGUCCAAGGCAACAUCAGCGAUGUGAAUCUGCGCUCCCCCCAAUUAUCAUCUGUCGGUUCAAUACCAAAUGCCAAGAGACCAUCCCAAGUCUUUAGGCAACACCUGCUGGAGCAAAGCAUAUCCAUGUCAUUGACCGGUUCUGGAUUUAGUAAUUUAACUAGCAUUAAGCCCACGCAAGAUGUAUCGAAAAAUAUCCCUCCCGCUCUAACCAAUAACCGUAAUUUACGCCACCGACGAUUGUCACGUGCCAAUUCCAGGAGAAAAGUUUUAUCAUCGAACGUCAAACGAGAAUCCCAAAUAUUUAGACAACGAUUGUUAGAGCAAAGUGUAUCCAUGUCACUGGUUGGUUCAGGGUUAAAACAUGUGACGAGCACAGAACUUGCAAAGGAUGUUUCAAAAAACGAUAUCUCGGCACCUAUUAAUGCUCAACGCGCCAAUUAUAAACGGAAAGGAUCAUCAAUUUCACCGCCCGAUGCCAAACGAGCUUCGCAAAUAUUUAGACAACGAUUAUUGGAGCAAAGCGUGUCUAUGUCGUUGUCCGGUUCGGGGUCAAACAGUCUAAAUCAGUCUAGAUUACCGGUACGUCGAUUAUCCAGGAGAGCGCGGGAAAGGGAAAGUAGAAUGAAUAACGCGAACAUCGAUAGCAAAUGUUCACCAGUUCUUGUGAAACCGAAUGCUGUCAACAUUCUACCAACCUCCAAAAUCUUAGAGUCAGAGGAGUUGUCUCAAAAAGUGAACCAAGAAAUUCAGAGACAGGCGAGAUUGAAACCUCCACAGCCGCCACCUAGAAAUGUAACUCAUAAUCCGCCAACGCCUAGUUCUAUUCCAACGCCAUCGGUUUCAAAAAAUGAUUCGCCACCUUUAAUUUCCUUGUUGCCUGAAAGAAAAAUUACCGGAUCUCCAACACAAAAAGCCAUAACUCAAACCUCCCCAAGGCCUAUUUCGAUCGAUAUCCUACCCUUUCCGACUCACCUAUCGCAUCGCAACACCAUGAAAAUACCUUUCCCGAUGUCUCUCCGCGUUGCGCCGAGGUUCUGA